GGUGUUGUUUGUGCAUUUCCCUGCCAAUUACGGCCCGCGGUGAUACAACGCAGCAAACAGUAAACAGCGAAAGGGCAGAUGGCACCUACCUGCGAAGGGUUCGGUUGGCCACACUGGGUUGGUUGGUUCGGUGAUACUAACCGAUGUUAGCGAUAUUAUCAGCUGCCGGGUGAAAAGUGACCACCUCGUGACGCAAUUGUCACGGAAUGUAGUUCCUUACAAUGGCGGACCAGCACUCGAAAGGCGGAUAGCCCCGUCGGUAACCCGAUAGACCCCGACGGACGAUUAGUGAAAAAUAACCAUUCUAACAUUCGACACCGACUUCGGUGCCCAAGGAACCGGAACAACGGCGGAUUCCAUUAACAGCCCCCGCGGAACGGGCCGAAAACAACAACGGCGCCGUAAUUGGUCAGCGCGUUCUCGAACUCCGAACGGCGGAGGUCAUGAAGUAGUGAAAUCGACCCCAAAAUACCGGCUCUCGAACGCAUCCAUCAACUUCGCGGCCAACCCCACAUUGAAGGCAGUGAAACAGACUCACGUUCCGCGGAUAAGUGUUCCAGAUGAAACCCAAAGCCGCAAGUGACAAAGCACAGCACGCGGUUUGCUGACGUAGCAGUGUCGAGUGUUCCACCGCGGUGCAACAGAUUGACGAACCCGCGAGCGAGAUAUGGUCACCGUGAGUGCAAACAGUCUCGGUUACUCCACUCGACCGGCAGGAUAGGAUCUAAUCUUUUAUCAACGAAAGGACAGAACGGAGAAUCGUCAAAUUAAAUGAAAAUGGAGUUCACACUGUCGAUCGACGAAGAAAAUGCGCUAACACUGUUCGAGGAGCUCGAACGGACAGACAUCAAUCCAACCAACCUGAAUGUAAACUGUUGCUGCGGUCUGCUUCGGACCUCGCCGUUCCAUCUGCCCAAAUCCAACUCCAAAGAGCAUCUACCACACGGCGACCAUCAGCACCGACACUCGCCAGCACAAAGUGGCCAUCGCAAUCACGACCACGCAACUUGUGAGGACGUCGAGGACACCGGUGACGCCGGUAUUGACCCCAGCGGUAAGCGCCGAUGGCGUAGCAACGUGGAGCGGAGGAACAAUCGUUACCGGACGUUUGGACUGCUGGAAUCCAGCAUCCUGAACAGCUUUCAGAUACAAAACUUUCGCCGCAAAACACCGAGCGUGUUCGAAUCGUCCAGCUCCUCCGGACAGACGAGCUGCAGCUCCACCACUUCCAGCAUGAUCGAGGACAUCUCGGACAAGAUCGACGAGAUCGACAAGCUCGACAGCAACAUUCACUCGCUCAUGUACAAAUCGGUCGAGCUGCACAACGACCUACUGUCGCUGGAGGCCACCACGAACCGGUUGAUCGCCGAUACCCGCAAGCUGUCGGACGAUCUGGACGAUGUGCAGUUUCUGGACGAGCUGAUCGCCAUCCUGAAUGGCGACAUCGGACCUGUGAUACAUCGCGAGUGGCCCUACAAAGUUGACACCGAUGCGCCGAUCGAAGAAGGGACACCGGUCACGUAGCACCGGAUGGUCCGCCGACGGCGUGACGGAGACAGAAAAACGCUGGCGCCAAGCGUCAGCCUUGAUCCGGUAUUAUUAAGCCAUUAGAUGUCGAUAUGUCCACGUGACCAACUACUGUACCGUCCCGUGCAGCUGUCUGGGCCGCUUGAAGUGCCGCCCGCCUUGAAGUUCACCGUAGAUGGAAUUCGUCCCGAAUAUAUGCACAGCACAGCCAACCCGG